GGGGACCACGCAUCCAGGACUUCUUCGCAUCUAAGCAAUACAGCACAGAAAAGUCAUUUCCGUGGGGAUGACCUGUCUGCGUCGGAGUCCGACAUGGAGUCCUUCAUCGAGGUGGAUGACUUGCAAUUUGAUCAGCAUGGGCGGAUCCCUUCGCGAAGGAUGCCACAGAGCAGUCCAGAAACACCCGCGUCACUGCAUUCCACAGCGCGCUCUCUGGCUGGGUUCUCGUCGUCGGUAAGAGGAGUGCCUGCAUUCGGUCAGCAGCAACAAGUAGGCGGUAGCGGACAGCGGGAGGUGGUUUACACAAGAUCAGGAGCGCGCCCGCUGCCACGAAGACUCGUCCGCUUGCUGACUCGUGGUGUGUCGCUGGUACUGGAAUGCAUGCCGUUGUCCUCUUCCUGGACCAAGCUGUACUGUGCGUCGCGCUUGAAUUUCUUUGCGGAGCAGCUGCGGUUGCCGACGAGCGUCAUCUAUCAUCAUUUUGCCCCAUUGCUGCACUCCGCUAGCGCGCCUUUGGUACAUGCUCUUGUCGUAGUAACGAAGGAGUGGUGGUCACCAGCGGACCAAACCAGCCAGCAGAUUCUCGACAGACUUUUCGAUUUGGUUGAGGAUACUAACUUGGACCCCUUCUUCCGCGGUCUGGGCGUGCAGUGGCUCAUGGCGUUGACAUCGGGCCCUAUGCGCGACUGCAUUCUGAAUCAGUACGACGUUCUCGUACCACGCUGGCAGGAUCCCCUUGAGCUGAAGGUAUUCUCUGGGUCCGUGAAAAAUACUGUUUUCGAAGCAGAUAGAGUUAAAGGUAAACAUGAGAGAUAUUCCACUAUAAAUCUAAGUAUUUGAUUCACUAAUUUUGUCCGACAAUGCCUCGCCUAAAGCAUCUCGAGCCUCGCAUCAUCAGCGAUUCUCCUACAGACUAACGUGUGUUGUCUGAACAUGGAAAGCUUCAAUCAUUACAGGAGCUAAAGCUGCAGUUUAUUCUUCACGCGCUGCGCCUCAAGGAGCCAAGACUUCCGCGAAAGCUCCUCACUGUGCUGGACUCUUUUUCAGAUUUUAAGCAUUUUCUGAUGCCAGGGGAGUUUUUCCAGCCCUUACCGGGUUCCUCAUUGGAGGAAGGUGCAGGUUUUCGCGCCGCGAAAGCCGCUGGAGAACACCAGGUUGUCUUUCGCUUCCUCUUGCGCGUGCUGAUUCUCUUCCCGCAGCAUCUCCGCUAUCUAGGAAUCUCCGAGUUUUUCUGCGAGCUUCUGCAGUCGCAUCCAGUACUCAUGCCCAGCGUGUUGGGAGUCAUCCGGCGCAUUCCCCACGAGGAUAUGUAAGGCUAGACUUUCAAACUCGUCGUCGUCACUGUAAAUAGAAUGUUUCUUUGCUGUGUAUAACGAAGAAGAAGAAGUAAAAAAUGUGGUUUCAUCUGGGGUCGUGUUCACUUGAGCAAUUUCUAGGAAGCCUGCUAUAAAGUAUCGAUCUCUAAUGCAUCCAGCUGGAAUUGCUGCAGGAUUUGGGGCGUUGGAUAGAGGCGCUUCUGCCGACGACGCGGCUUCCCCAUUAUCUUGGACUUCUGUGUGUGCUUGCUAUGGUGCGCGAAGUGAAUCCGUCGCAUGUACUAACAGCCUUACGCAGAUUGCUCUUCGGGCGACGGGAGACGGAAAAUAC